UAUGUGAAAGGACUGGGUGGAGUCGGCAAAAGGACUGUGGGGGCCAAAGAAGUAGAUGAUGGCUUUGCUGGGCAUCACUCAGAUGGGCUACAUGGACCCAUUUAGAGCCAGGGUCCUACAGCCAGACCCAGCAGGAAGAGAGAGCAGUGGUGGUGAGGAAAUAGCGCGAGACGAGUGUCAGACCCGCAGUGAGCCUGUCGUCCACCUCCCAUCCGAGGACAGCAGCCCCUUUUUCCGGACAAAGGAGCAAUGUCUGGAGGAGCGGUAUUUUGGCCGGCUGCCCGCUGAUUGUGAAACUGGGGCACAGCUGGAGAGGAUGCCAUACCACAACGGGAGUGUGGAGACCUACUCUCACAUGAAGCUGUUGUGUCAGACCCCCAAAGCUCCCAACAUGAUGUACCGGGUGCCCCUGACUGACAGCCAGCAGAUUGGCUGGUGGCUCCCCCAGGAUCCCAGUGAGACCCUGGAGAAGACAGAGCCCUGGAGCCGGGUCAUUCGUUACCCCCUGGCUAACAGUGAGAUGACACAGUGAGUGAAACCCAGCCCUGAGCGUCGC